UCUCUCUCUCGCUGCAAAUGCAAACUGCAUCACGAUCACACGUCGUACAGGGAUACACAUGAUAAAUUUUCUACGAAAAUUUCUUUGCAAAGGUGAUAUUUCUACAUUAGUAUGAGUAAUCCCUAUCGAGUGAGGCCAACUAGAGCAAGAGCAGAUGCCAGUCUAGCUGGAUAUGGAAUACAGAGCCAGAAAUCUUGGAAUCCCGCUUCUGUUCCGAGGCCACCCAGUGUCGAUAAUAAUGCAGUAUUUCAGCAACCUCCUGCUCCUCCUCUGUUGAUGAAUCAAACAAAAUCGGCAGCAGCUAACGAUGCCUGGGAUUGGAACGUUGACAAUGGGAAUAAUGGAAAUGACUCCUGGAAUUGGAGCAUCGAACAAGCUGCUGAACAACAGGCACAACACCAUCAGCCUACGCUACCUCAACCACAACAGCAGCAAACAAUAGUGCCACCACCUAUAAAUCAGUUUACUCCGUAUCCUAAUCAAAAGCAGCCUGUAUCGCCACCGAGCCAAGACAAUUAUUACAAGACUUUGAAUGGCAACAACAGGCUUCCUCAGCCUCCUCUAAAUCAGCAUGGGCCCUCUGGCAGAGAAACACCGAGAAUUGCUCCUCCAGUUAGAGAACCAACUCAAAAGCAGACUGAUCCUUUUCCUCCGUACACAAACUAUAAUCACAAUCAACAGUUCCCUAUUCCUCCCAGGCCUAGUUCAAACACAGCACCCUAUUCGGGGCCCAUAGAUCAACAUCAGUGGUCUGCAGAGCAGCAAAAUCAGAACUUGCCAUAUGCUGCACCAAGUCAAGUUCACAAUCAAAAACCACCAAUACAUCCAACUCCUUUGCCUCCUGCUGUACCUCCAGUGAACAACUACAACUGGAGCAAUACGGAUCAGCAAAAUGUUUCCAUGCACAACUGGCAAAAUCAUACAGAGACUCCAACGCAAAAUUACUGGCAAGAACCCAGCCCUUCAAAACAAGAGCAGUUUCCGGACAACAAAAAUAAUUCUUGGUCACAAUUGAAUCAGCAAUCAGCUCUCACCAAUCUCAAUCAGCAAAGAAUUCCUAAUGCUUAUCCACCCUCGAGUACUAAUAACAGUGAGCAAGCCAAAUAUUACACUUCUCAUGAAUCAUCAUUGCGUGAAAGCCCGUCAUCCACGCAAAAUUGGCUGCCGCCAAACGCACUGAUCUCAAACAGGUGGACGAAAAACAAUUCUGAGAAUGUCACGAACGUUUUGCCCCGACAGCAAUCGCUGCCUUCAAACACAUGGUCUCAAGAAGAAAGCAAUUCAGCGUCGUCUUGGCAGCAGGUCGGCACCGCAAGUAACAUUCCAAACAGUCAGUGGAGACAGCCAAAGUUGCAGCCAGGUGGCUCGUUGGAAGAGUCGGCACUCUCGGAAAAUAACAAAGGCGAAUGGCAGCAGAUUCACGCGCUCCCGUCGCACUUUAAUUCGUCCACAACAUCGACGACCUCGGGUUCAUUGGCCAACAUGUCCAGUAGCACCGAGCAAUUGGAAGAUAGGAAGAGGUCCCUGACUCCCACUACGAGCUGCGCUUCAUUAAAUGAAUUUCAGUCUCAAACUCCCAACUCCAACCAAGCCAGCGCAGAAAAUAAUACAGCGAGUGUGGGAGAAAAUUUUAUUCCUCAGAGCAAUGUAGAUCUUGACUGGAACAAUGAUGGAGACUGGAACACCGUUACAGAAAUAUCUAGCGGUGUGAGCAAUAUAAGUCUCAAUAAUAAAUUUAAUCAGCACGUUGAUAAUUCAUCGUUACACAAAGAAGAACAGUCUGCGGCGCAUAUUGGUUCAGAUUGGAGUCGCCAAGCAACAUCGGGGCUAAAGUCCGACAGUAUUGCAAAUACACUGGAAAAUGUACCAGUUUUAUCUCAAGAGCACAAUAGCAUAGAAAGUUCACCUGUUGUCCCACAGGAGCAGUUUGACACACACCAGGCAAUUAGCUCAAAAUCAUCAGAAACGAUUCCUCAGGCCAAUUAUGACCAAUGGUACAAGCAAAGCGUGCGGACACAACCAGACACUGAAUUUUUUGCCAACGACCACGCCCAACAGUGGCCUGUCGAACAAAAUGUUGAAAAUUACGAAAAUAUUCAGCAGUCCGCUGAGUUUGUCAAUUUGGAAGUUGUAGCCCCAGAAACGCAAGAAAGAGAUAUUUACGGAUCUCGUGAUUCGAUCAACAAAGAAACGUUAGACAACGAUCAGAUGCUGAAACAAAUGAAUACGUCGCGAGAGAGCGUUGUACGCGACUUCCGACAAGAAAUCAACAACGUCGAAGUAGUACCAGGGGUUCAACAAAUCCAGCAGUCUGUGGCAACGGAACAGGUGCCGGAUAAUUACGAGUUCGCGUCCAAUGAUCGCAACACCUUUUUGGAGACUGGAGAACUGACGGACCCGCAUUCACAGGAGCACGAGCCAAUACCGCCAAGCCAGGACGACGAUAAUGAUGAAGUGCCAAAUGAUAUACCAUUUUCGCGCGAGGUUCCCGGGCAGUCGAGUAUGGAUCCGCGUCGAAACGAUCCCACUGGUCAAGAGCAGUACACACAGCUCCGACCUCCCCUGCCCGAUCCUCGUCGCAAUGAUCCUUCGGGCCAAGAGCAGCUCGCACAGAAUCGUACCAGCGUUCUCGACAGACCAUUAGACAGAAGGGAUGUGCCGUCAGGCCAAGAGCGUGUUACUCCUGUGCAGCAGCAACAACAGCAUCAACCUCUUACAGCGCAACGCAGCAAUGAGUUGGAUACCGUUGAACGGCGAAAUGAUCCAUCAGGUCGUGAACGUUCUUUGCCUCCACCGCCACCCCAGCAGCCUCGAAACGAGCCCUCUGGUGAAGAGCAGCGCACCAUUCCAGUACAAGUUAUAGUUAAGCAGCCCGAGGUCGUGGCUGUGAGAGAGAUACCGGGAAGAGGUACUGAUCCCGAAGACACGGUUCAGCAACCUGAUAGCGGUCUCAGACAGAUACCCGGCGGUUCAUCCUCUAACGAGUCCGUACCGACUAUGCCUGAUGAUCGAGCAGUUGCUACAACAGCUAGAGUCGUGACUGGGUCACAGCAGGCCACCGCUUCGCCACCGAUACAAGAUGCUUCAAGUGACGGUAGAAGCAAGCGGGAAGAAGCUGUGGGUGCUCCAGUGGCUGAGAACCAAACGGGCCCGCAAAUUCGUCGUGAUUCCUAUGAAGAUGGCGAUGACGAGGGCUCAGGCAACAGCAGAGAAGGUAGCAGAGACCGACGCAGAGAAGCAAGUCCUAAGCCUAGGCAUCCUCGCUACGACUACAACAGGAAACCUCCAUACUACGAUCAAGAACGCGACUGCGAAGAAGAUUACUAUUACGAUCGCCGGCGUGGGGCUGACUACGAGCGAUCUUACAACUCCCGCGAGGAUCUCGAUAGACGUGACGGCUCUUAUCGAGAAAAUGAUAGACGACAUAAUAGUCGAGAUGAUCUCGAUCGUGAAAGAGACCGCCAUAAUCGCGAUGAUCUUGACAGACGAGCUAGAGUAAAGGAUGAAAUCGACGAUAGGGAUGGACGGAGACGUGGUGGCGAUGAGAGAAGACGCGACAGAUCGGCUGAUCCCAGGCGUUUGGAUCGAGACGGUAGGGAGUAUGAUCCGCGGUAUCCUAGGGACUAUCUUGAUCGUGAUAGGAGGCGCGAUGAUCGGAGAACUCGCAGGUAUCCGGAGUACGAUCCACGAGACCCGCGAGAUCCGCGUGACCCGCGUGAUCCUCGCGAUCCAAGAGAUCCCCGUGAUGCUUAUAGAAGAGAGUACUACGAUGAUUCUUAUGGGCGGAGCUCAAGGCCAUCCAGCAGAUCAUCUUACAACGACAGAGAAAGGGAUUAUUACAUGCGGUCGAGGGAUCCAUAUGCUUCUUAUGGCUAUAACAAUUACCCAGGGUAUGAUUAUGGGUCACAGUACAAUAGUAAUUACUAUGCGUAUCUUGAAAAUCUGCGUAGGACAGAUCCUGCUGCUUAUGCCGAUUGGUACCAUAAAUAUUAUCAGCAGCAGCAGCAACUGGCUCGAGGAGUAAACAAUAGUUAUCCCGAGGAUAGAGCCAGUGUUCAUUCUGGACGUAGUUCUUGUGACGACAGAAAUUCGAGUGAAAAACGAAAUAUGACAGAUGUAUCCUUGCUAGAAGAUCAAACGACUGCUUCGUCUAGAUUGACUCCAACCAAAUUCUCUACAUCCCAUGCAAAAGGCUCGUUUUCAAUUGGUUCGUUGAUUCACGUCCACGCAAGUUACCCAACUGAUGGAGAAAGGGCAAGAGUAGAUAUUGUAAAAUUAGAUCAUUUCUUACCGCAUGAUAAAACGUUGCACGAACUACGAAGCUAUCCUGGGCCUCUCAUAAAAGGUGUUACACACAAGAAGACCAUCAUUGAAUACUGCGAAAAUAAAAUAAAGAAAGCACCCUCGAACGAAGAUAUUUUCGAAGUUUCGUCAUACGUGCUGCUGUAUGAGUUGAUGAUAAUGCUGAUCCAGCAAAAUGGGAAUGUUGUCGGUGUCGAUAUUGCUUCUUUGCUAUUGAGAAACAAGGAGGCUUUUCCUUACGAAGCAAUUAAACCAAUCAGAGAACUCGUUCGUCGAGAAUCCACGAUAUCUCAGCGAUCUGGUGCUUCAGGUGGUGAAAAAAGUGCUGCCGAACCCGUACAAUCGCUUGAGCCGGAGGAUCGCACGACACCACAUAAAACUGUUGAGCAGUUGACUGAUGAAUUUAGAAAGACGUUAUUGUAUGGGCUGGUGCAAGAAGCUUUGGAAUUCGCAAUGGCUGAGGGUCUCUGGGGUCAUGCUCUUUUCUUAGCGAGCAAAUUGGACAAACGCACCCAUGCAUCCGUAAUGACGCGUUUUGCCAACAGUUUACCGCCUCAAGAUCCAUUACAAACUUUGUAUCAGCUUCAUUCUGGUCGUGUACCUGCAAGUGUAACUUGUGUUUCCGAUGCAAAAUGGGACGACUGGAGGCCCCAUUUGGCCAUGAUCAUAUCAAACACGUCAAUGAAUCCCGACAUCAACCGCCGUUCGAUUUCUAGCCUUGGUGAUACACUCGCCACCCGUGGCGACAUUUACGCUGCUCAUUUUUGCUACAUUUUAUCCCAAAUCGAAUUUGGAGCUUAUGGCUCUAACAACGUUAAGAUUGUUCUGAUCGGUGCCAAUCAUCUCAAACCUUAUCCCGAGUUUAUCAGCACCGAAGCAAUAAUGCUGACCGAAAUCUACGAGUAUGCACGUAAGCUCAGCGAGCCUUUCACUCUUGUCGAACUGCAAACGUUCAAGUUCAACUUGGCCCUUAAAAUGGUGGACUAUGGACUUGUCGAAAAAGCUCUGUUGUACAUCGAACAAGUGGCAACUAGUAUCGCCAACGAGCCCGAAAAGUACAAGCAGUCUUUCAUCAACGACAUCUACGUUCUCGGCGAUCGGCUCAAGUAUCACGAUCCAGUUUGCAAGGAUUCCGAUGAGGACGCAUCAAAUCUACCGUGGUUGAACUGCCUUGCCGAGAUAGUCGGCAAGUGCGAAAAAGGCGAGAUUGUCCAAGAGAAAAAUUUUUCUGUGCCCCAUGUUCUUUCCCCGGAAGCCAACGUUGAAUCCAUGGAAAUUCAUCAGCACAAGCAAAAUAAAUGGGACGCUGUUCAAAAUGCAGACUACAGCAUUGUAGAAAAUAAUGCAACUUCGAUAAUGGGUAUCACCGACGUGGAUUCUCACAUGGCUUGGCACCCAAAGCCUCCGAGUUCCACGUUACAGGAUCAUUAUGGUAUUCCUGGUGAGUCUCAAUACAACAUCAACAACGAGAGUGCUAACGAAACGCAGCAGAAUUACCAGUCAUAUCAGCAAGAUUACUGGACAGCCCAACAACAACAGCAGCAGCAGCAGCAGCAACUGACUUACGAUCAGCAGGAUUACACAAAUCUACAGUACACGACAACUCAGCAGUCAGAAGCAGAGAUCACGGAUCAGAAUAAGUGGGCGUAUGAGUCGGAUAAGGCGAAGGCGAAGCCAGCGGAUGAGCCGAGCACAGCCGAACCGCAGCAGCACCACCAGCCGAGCGUUUCAUUGGGCCCGAGCGGGGGCAAGCAGUACGACCCACUGGAGGAACUCGAGUCCCUGGAGCCGUCCAAGUCGUUGCCCGUUGGCAGCAAGUCUGGGACUACCGGCAGCGACGCGAAAAAGCCGGGGGACAAAUCAUUGGACAAGGGCAAGAACAACCCUGGCGGCUCGUGGUUCGGUGGACUUAUCAGCAAAUUCGCGCUCAAGCCCAAGAACCAGAUGAUACUGCCGGAUGAUAACAAUCCUUCGAUCGUGUGGGACCCGGUGAAAAAUAGGUGGACGAAUAAGGAGGAAGAGAACGGCGACGGCCCAGCUCCUCUUGCCCCUCCGCCGAAAAUGUCCGAGAUCCCAGGCUUCAAGCCGUUCUCCACUGCUCCAGUAGCGCCGCCUUGCCCGAAGCCCCCAGCUCCCGAGGUUCCGACGUCCGAGCACGCCAACGAGCCUCCACUGAAUGCCUCGAAACUGAUAACUGCUGGUGGUACCAACAUGUUCAAAAUGUCGAGGAACCGUAGUAUGCGCGCCAACUACGUUGAUGUGAUGAAUCCUGGGAGUACCAAGCCCGGUGCGGCCGCUCCCAUGCUUACCGUGCCCACGCCGGUUGGCUCUCCCGCGGCGCCCAUGGCUACCUCCUCGCCGCAACUGUUCAUCCCUGCACCCGUUAAUGAUCCAAAUGCACCUACAGACUUUUUAACUCAAGCGGCGCCGGUUAUUCCGCAGUCGAACGAAAACUCACACGGGGGACCAAUGAUGUACAACCCCGUGGACAUGAAGGAUCGAUCGCAGAAGGGCCAGCAGUCGCGCAACCGAUACCCACCCCGAUAAGUGACGCGGAGAAGCUGCAGCCGACUUCUUCUUCUUCUUCGCGUACGGGUAUUUUUACCGGGAAAACGUCGUCUCACACCUGCAUGUGCACACUUUUUUGGGCUUUCUUUUUCUAAUCCAUCAAACGCACCAAAGCGCGAACAAGUUGUUUCUGUACACGCGACGUGCGAACGUUUUAAUGAUAAUAAAAAACAACAAAAAAAAAAAAAAAAAAAAAAACAGGAGGGAGCUUAAAAAAACAAAAAAACAUUAGAGAAAUGGAUCGAACAUUUUUUACAAUCGUCAUCUCGGGGAGUGCUAGAAUUAAUAAACAAUUGAUACUGCGUUAAGUUUACACAGAGAAAUAGAGAUAAGAUAUUAUAAAUAGUAAUAUUAGUUACAACAAUUGUAGAUAGGUAAAAUAAAUCAUACAUGUAUAGGCGAGCUGAUCGCCGAAUUUGUCAACACGAGUCGGGAUAUUUUUUUCUUCCCUUACCGCAAAUAAAAAAAAAAAAAAAAAAUUAUUUAGCUUGUACGCUUAAUGAUUUAACAAUUUAUGUAAAUGUAUUGUUUCGUCUUCUGCAUUUUCGUUGGGCUUUCGCGAUGGUGCGUGCAAUUAUAUGUAUUCCGGGCUGUUUCGUCACGUUUGUUUUUCAUUGUAUUCUUUUGUGUAUUUUCAUUGUUCAUUCCUAUUGACCAGAGAGUACAAUCAUACGUAUAUGUUAUAUUUGUAUAAAUAUUCUUUUUUUUUUUUUUUUUUUUUUUUACUCGAGUGUUAAUUACCAACGUGUUAUUAAAUUUGUGUUGUAUACAAGUGUAAACGAAAAGGCGCUCGCGUAUCACUGUCACUCGAGAAGUCGAGGGUCGUGAUGUUGACGUUUGCGUUUUUAUACACGAGCACGUCGUAUAAUCGUUUAGAUAGGUAUUAAUAUUGAUAAUCCGUGGCGUCGCGCGUUACGGGAAAGCCAAUUUAUCGAUUAGAUAGUCGAAUGGUAAUGCGAAACGAUUUGUUGUUUGUGUGUAAAAUACAUUGGAUGACGAGUGUUUCGAUUUUUAUAAGUAAUAUCCAUAAAGAGCUCGCGCGAGUGAAUGUGCAUCUAUUCGGUUUAGAAAAUAGUAUAGAUAAUCAAUUAAUUCACUAAUACAACAUCGAUGCUGUAGCCGAGAGUAAACGUAUGUUAAUAGUAAUUGACAAUCGAUUACUUCGAAGGAAACUCUGAUACGCGGAGGACGAGUCGCGACGAGACUGAUAUUCUCUUUCCAUACCGAUUUCACGUACGUUCGAGUACUGUGUAUGUUAAACUAUUACCCAUGCGGUAAGGGUGUCCUGUGUUUUUUUCCAGCUUCAUUGAUUUGCUCUCAGACAAAAAUUAGACUUGUCGAGACUCGUCCUUUGGCCGAUUUUUUUUUUUUUUCAUACGAGGAUCGUUAGCCCAUAGAAAAUUGUCAUACAGUAUGAAUUGUACAUUUCCUCACAAGCUUUUUUUUUUUUACACGCAUCAAUUAUAGUUUUUAUUCUUUGUUGCAAAAUACAUUUAAUUGGUGGCAUUACUUGUAGCUUAUUGAACGUUUUGUAUGUUAAGUUUCUUGUAUUGUUUCAACAAAUUAUGUUCGUGGUGGUUGGUAUAAAUUCAUUAUAUCGAGAAUAUAUUAUUAAACGUUUAUGCUCGUACUAAAAUUAUCUUAUCUACAGGUGUGAUUAUGUCGAAUGUAUUGUUCUAGUGUUUGACGAAAAAAAAUCAAAAGUUUUCGCCAAUUAGUUUUGAUAGGGAUGCAAUUUAUGGUUGCUAAACUUACUCAUCUAAGACACUGACGAGGAGCUUAUUUUGUGGAGUUGGAAAAAAUAAUCGUGCAACCACCUCGGCGAUUUGUAUAAGCGGGUCGCUGAGUAAAGUUAUCGUCGGUUAUUACUCAAAGUCUUGGGUUGAAGCAAAAGAUAAACUUUACAACUCCAUUUUUCACACAAAUCGCUUGAAAGUAUGUCGUAAGCAUAUACAUUUUUUUGCAAUUCAUUUAGAUGUAAUCUAUUACCUUUAACAUACUAAAAAAGAAAAAAAAUACACGUUGUUAUUCAAAAAAAUUUUGAUAAAAAACAUUUUUGUAUGUAGCGUUUUACGAGUACACGAGGGUGAACUUUUUGCGUUUGACUCAAACGAAUUCGUAAUAGAUAACUAUUGAAUCAAACAAUGGUCACGUUGAUAUAAAAUUUCUUCACACAUCGUCUUGUUGCAACAUUUAAAAAAUACGUGCAUUUCAAUUUUAAAUUUGAAAAAAUGGCUUUUUUUAGAGUAUUCGAUUUCAUUGUCGAGAAUGGGUUCACAGCGCCGUUUUGGUGCAGUAAGUAAAGGGUUUCCACAAAUCCUCUGCUAUGCAGAAAAGCCGAGUGUAAGUUAGCCAAGAGUACAAGUACAUGAUAUCCGACAUGAUCGAGGGUCGAAGUGCAAAUGUUAAAGAAAGCUUUAGGCGUCGAAAGCGAAAAAUAAAAGGGGUUCAAGUGAUAGUAGAUCGGUGUACAGCGCGAGCUCCGUCGGGGGAAUUUGGCCCGUGAUAAAAUAUAAACGAAUGUGCAAAAAGAUAAGCGAAACGCUGGAAAAGUAUAUUCAACAGGCACAUCUUACCCCAAACAGCCGCGAGCUUUGCUCCGAACAUUUUCGCGUAACUGCUCACCCAAAUUGGGUUUACGUAACUCUUUUCAACCGAGACACCAAUUGCCGUCGAAUAUGAAAUACGAAGCUUUUUUGGCUCCAAAACACGGGGAGCGAUGCUCGCGGCUGUUUGGGGCUACCGCCUACCAUCACAUUAUAUUCCAGCGAAGAAAUCAAUGUUUCUGGUGUUGCGUGGCGUUAAAGUUAAAAACUGUGAAGUAUUAUCAUAUUUAUGUACGUAUAGGAAUGGUUUUUUUUUUUUUUCAUACGAGCGAUGUAACUUGUGGCUUGAAAAUGUACAGGAUGUUAUUAUACGAAUGAACUGACAUAUAUACGUCUGUACAUAUAUACAUAUAUUAUAUAUAUACACACAUAUAUUAUAUUUAUGCGCGCUCGUUUGCGGGACGGUACGGGUAUAAGCAAGACCCGAGAGAGAGAGAGAGAGA